CGGGCCUCAGCACAGGAACGCACCUGUGUCGACCUCAGCUUCCUGGGGUAUCCUGGAAGCCACCCUGCCUUCCAGUCAAAGUCCAGGUGGCCGGCCUGGAACAGGUGAGGGCUGUUGGAUGGACCACCAGGGCCCAGCCCCACCUGGAGCAGAGGCCAGCAAGGCUGAGUGAACUUCCUUCUGCCUGCUCAGAGAAAUAGCAAAAGUGACUCACAGGAAAGAUAAGAGACCACAGCAAGCUGCCUGGGUUCCCAGCAGGCGCUGACAGUCCAAAACAAGAAGGAAGAGGGCAACCUGCCAGAAAGCAGGACUAGAGCUGGGAGUGCUAUGCAAAUAAGGGAGAGGGCAGCCCCCCCCAGGGGAGGGCUCAGUCCCCCAGGGGAGGCCAAGGAAGGCAGCACCAGCACUUGCCUGACGUCUGCACUUGAGGAGCUGGAGGAGGCCAAGUGUGAGCCUCGGAGGAAGCAGGUGUGCUCCAGAGGCUGCAGCCCCAGCCACCUGGCAGCUUCAGGUGCCGUGAUCGCGUGUGCUGCCAUGGAGACAGCCGGGGUUGGUGGAGAGAAAGCGGUUUCCCAGAGCGUUGGGGAUUCCAGAGAGGAAGCAAACAGAGCCUCAGGACCCGCAGGGUAGUCCACCAGCCCUCCUCCAGCCCCUGGAGCCCAGGCCAUUUCCUGUGAGGCCACCUGGUGUGUUGUCUGAGGAUGGCUGAGCCCCAGGGCCAGGAGCUGGCAGCUGAGUGCCCUGUCUGCUGGAACCCUUUCAACAACACGUUCCACACCCCCAAAGUGCUGGACUGCUGCCACUCCUUCUGCAUUGAAUGCCUGGCCCACCUCAGCCUGGUGACUCCUGCCCGACGCCGCUUGCUGUGCCCACUCUGUCGUCAGCCCACUGUGCUGGCCUCAGGACAGCCUGUCACUGACCUGCCUACAGACACAGCCAUGUUGACCCUUCUCCGCCUGGAGCCCCACCACAUCAUCCUGGAGGGUCGUCAGCUCUGUCUCAAGGACCAGCCCAAGAGUCGCUACUUCCUGCGCCAGCCUCGGGUCUACACACUGGACUUAGGCCCUGAGCCUGGGAACCAAAUGGGGCCUCUCCAGGACAUGGCUUCCGCCACCAGACCCAGGCCUCUCCCCCUCCCGCUCCCCAGUCAUUACUCUCUGAGAGAGUGUUUCCGAAAUCCUCAGUUCCGCAUCUUUGCCUACCUGAUGGCUGUCAUCCUCAGUGUCACACUCCUGCUAAUCUUCUCCAUAUUUUGGAGCAAGCAGUUCCUUUGGGGUGUUGGGUGAGCAUGGUGGUCCCCAACAAGGAAACACACCUUUCUCCGUGGCUGCUGGGGAGAGGGGACUGCAGAGUCUCAUUUGGCAGUCAUCUUUGUAGGAUUGCUCAUUUCACAACCCAGGGAUCAGCUAGGCCCUACCACGAGAGGAGGAACCCUCCAAGAGGGGUCCUGGAGGGCCGAGAAGGGGGUCUAUGGCAGCAGAGCCAUACAGCAAGUUGUGCCAAAGGCUGGACAGUAGGACUCAGGAAUCUGCCUAGUCCAAAUCCCAAGUGGGAUUUCUCAGUGG